CAAACGUGUAUGAUUGAAUUGAUUCAUCACACAAUCUUAUCCUCGCUUCCAAUUCUUCUCCGCCACCGUUGACCACCACCACCUACCCGAUCUUCUGCGAUUCUCCUCAAUCCAUCUACAAUAUCAAUCAAAACCUAAAAUUCAACCGAUUACCUACACUAAUCAUCGCUUACUAACUCGAGUUUAGCUCCUUAAUUACUAUUUUUGCGGCGAGGGUUUAAAUCAGGCUGUCGAUUCGAUUGGAUUCGAUCCGUGGAUGGCGGUGUUGUUGGAGGACAUUGUGAAGUCGGUGGAGCAUCUGCUGAAGCUCAUCAGCAAGACCAGCCAGGAACAGACCUAUGUGGACCCCACGCUCGAUCCGGUCCUGCUCGUGCCCGGGAUCGCCGGUUCCAUUCUCAACGCCGUUGACAGCAAAACGGGUCGGACCGAGCGGGUCUGGGUCCGGAUUCUCGGAGCUGAUCACGAGUUCCGGGAUAAGCUCUGGUCCCGCUUCGAUCCUGCUUCGGGUAAGACAGAGUGCUUAGAUCCUGACACGCACAUUGAGAUUCCCCAAGAUAGAUAUGGCCUUUAUGCAAUUGACAUGCUGGACCCUGACAUGAUUAUUGGCAGUGAGUGUGUCUAUUAUUUUCAUGACAUGAUAGUUGAGUUUAUCAAAUGGGGUUACAAAGAGGGUACGACACUCUUUGGGUUUGGAUAUGAUUUCCGCCAAAGCAACAGACUUCAGGAAACACUGGAUCGCCUUGCAGCAAAGCUGGAGUCAGUUUACACAGCUUCUGGAGGAAGAAAAAUAAACAUAAUAAGUCAUUCUAUGGGUGGUCUUCUGACAAAAUGUUUUAUGAGUCUGCAUCCUGAUAUAUUUGAGAAGUAUGUCAAAAGCUGGAUUGCUAUAGCAGCACCAUUUCAAGGUGCACCUGGAUAUAUAACAUCCACGUUUUUAAACGGAGCAUCAUUUGUUGAAGGAUGGGAACAGAAUUUUUUUAUUUCAAAAUGGAGCAUGCAGCAAUUGCUGCUUGAGUGUCCGUCAAUAUACGAAUUGAUGGCUUGUUUAGAUUAUAAAUGGGAACAUGUUCCUCUUCUUGAAAUUUGGAAAAAGAGAUGUGAUAGUGAUGGGAAUUCCACCACUGUGCUAGAAACUUACCCGCCUGUUGAAGCUAUACCAAUCUUUAUGGAAGCUCUUUCAACGAACCAGAUCUGCUACAGUGGUGUUGAUAUGGAUAUGCCCUUCAAUCUUGAAAUUUUGAAGUGGGCUAAUGAGACGCGCAAGUUGUUAAGCUCAGCGAAGCUCCCUGAACAAAUUAAAUUCUACAAUAUUUAUGGCUCAAAUUAUGACACACCGCAUUGUGUUUGUUAUGGAAGUAACGAGGCCCCAGUCACUGAUUUGCAAGAGUUGCCUACACUCCAGGCCAGGUACAUAUAUGUUGAUGGUGAUGGAACUGUUCCGCUGGAAUCUGCUAAAGCUGAUGGACUUCAUGCAGUAGCACGGGUUGGGGUCCCAGGCGAUCACAGGGGCAUUCUCUGCGAACGUCAAGUGUUCAGAAUCCUGAAGCACUGGUUGCGGGCUGACCACGAUCCUUUCUACAACCCUGUAAAUGACUAUGUAAUCCUACCUACUGCUUUUGAAAUGGAAACCACCAAAACAAAGGGCAUGGAAGUGGCCUCUCUCAAAGAGGAGUGGGAAAUUGUUGGGGAUGACGAUGAAGACUGCACAAUGGAGAAAGAGCCUCUGGUGGGUUCGAUCACCGUGGCUCGAACGAGUGGCUAUAUGUCUGUCCAGGAGGAAGCUCAUGCUACUGUUACAAUUCAGUCACAAAAGGAUGGUAAGAAGCAUGUGGAGUUCAGUGCUGUAUCUAUCUCUGCAAGUGCAUAGAUAAUUAUAUCCCUGUGUAAAUAAAGCUUCUCAUGCAACAUUGAAACAUUGUUUUAUUAUUAACAUUUUAUGUAAAUAUUGUGUAUAUACGUUACUAUUGGACAUGUAUUGUAUAAUAAUGCUACAAAACCUUUGAUCUUUGUAUCUUAUAAUAAAUAUAGUUAAUACAUUCGGAGUCAA